CACCUCGUCCGCGAUAUGCGGCUGGACGACGGACGAGACUUCUUCAUGUACUUCAGAAUGACGCGGCAAAGGUUUGAACACCUGCUGUCCCUUGUUGGGCCACUGCUGCUGAAGCAAGCCACGUUCUGGAGAACGCCGAUCACUCCAGCGGAGAGGCUGUCCUUGACAAUCAGGUACCUGGCUCACGGAGCCUCUCAGGCAAUAUGCGCGACCAGUUAUAGGAUCGGCCGGUCGACGACCUCCGGGAUAAUCAGGGACACGUGCCUGGCCCUCCACAAGGUGCUAGACCCACUCUACCGCCCUGCCCCAAACACUGCCCAGUGGGAGCGGCUCGCAGCGGAGUUCGGCAGGCUGUGGAACUUCCCGAACUGUGUCGGAGCCCUGGAUGGCAAGCACGUGGCCGUCCAAGCUCCACCUGGUAAAGGCUCCGACACAUUCAACUACAAGGGGUUCCACAGCAUUGUCCUCCUCGCAAGCUGCGACGCCAGCUACAAGUUCACGCUGGUGGACGUUGGGCAGCCAGGGCGGUUUAGUGAUGGGGGCAUCUUUCGAGACUCCGAAAUGGGUCAGUCUCUGCUGUCGGGAGGACUUGGUCUCCCGCCAGCUGGGCGGCUACCCCAUACAUCAGCCAAGCUGCCUUUUGUCUUUGUGGCAGAUGAGGCGUUCCCCCUGCUGACUAACCUCAUGCGCCCUUACCCCAGGAAGGACUUGGAGCUAAUGCAGAAAGUGUUCAACUACAGGCUAUCCAGAGCCAGGAGGAUAAUUGAGAACACUUUCGGCAUCCUGGUGGCACGUUGGCGCAUUUUCAGACAAACAAUCCAGGCGUCUGAGGAGACUCUGGAGGCCAUUGUCUGGGCGUGCGUCAACCUGCAUAACUACCUGAGGGUGUGUGACGAGAGCGAGCAGGGGGAGCGUCGCUACUGCCCCGUCGGUUACGCAGACCAGGAAGCUGCAUCUGGCGCUGUAACCGUCGGUCAGUGGAGGAGUGAUGCGGCUGGCAGCACUGCGCUGUCGGAUGUAGGCCGUGUCAGCUCAAACAACGCCUCCGACACUAACAAAGCAGUGAGGGACAAGUUCAUGAGAUACUUCUGUUCCUCGCAGGGCGAGGUACCAUGGCAGUACAAUGUAGUGUACAAAGGUUCUGCUCCUGAAAGCUGA